GUGUCGGUUGACUAGUACUGCUGGGGAUGGUGAUGACGAUGUCGGCCCCAAGCACAGUGAUGAGCGUCUCCGUCAUUCGAUAGCCUGGCAACUAUGGCUUCUGCAAUGGUUGGCCGCGGCUGAGGUAUCACUAUUGAAGGUGGACCCACAGAGGAGAGCAGUGGAGUGUUGGAAUGUAGAGCGAGACCUGUGUCGAGUUAUGGCCCAUAGACUGCAUUCCAUGGCCAACUGUGGGAUAUCACCCCAACAGAUAUCUAUGAUGUCGAGUAGUGCUGCUCUUGAGAUAGUAGAGCAUGACCUGACCGUACUUGGGGAAUCUCCGAUGCAGCUGGGGAUGACCAGUGAGGUUUAUGUGGAGCUCUUGGCGGGGACUGCAGCCUUCACUGACGGCACAUUAGAGGCUGCGGGGCUCAGCAAAGACUGGCUCAAGCACAUUGUAGUAAACGACAGGUGCCGUAGAAAGCUGACUAUAGACGGCACGCCAGCUGGGUUCCUCCGGCUCACUAUCGAGUACCUAACUCGCGCCUUGAAAACAGCGAAUGCCCCUCAACGGGAACACAAACGCCGACAAAAGCGUACUGACGAUUUCCGUCGGAGUGGUCGAGCUCAGCUAGCCAGCACUAUCAACGAGUUAGGCUGUAUCCAUCUAGCCCAGUUGACUCAGUUGCUGCGGUCCGGCUCAGCGGAUGACACUGUUGUGGUAGCAUUAGCCGUGGACGCCUUCUGUGAAUCAUACAGCGAGUUUGUUGCUGCUGGAGACAAGUUGAAUGUUAUGGUACCACUAGUGAACUUGGCAAGAUUAUGGCUAGCACUAGCUACUGGCCCACAUGUGGGAAGUGACUCUAUCGAGAGAUACCAGUGUACUUAUAGAGCCAUACGUCACCUUGAUAGGGCUGCCAAGUCGGCAUCGGCUAAUAAAGAGGCGGAAUCUGCCUUUAGUAAGCGUGAUAUAUACGCCACUGCAGCUGAGCAAGCCCAGCGACUUGGACGUCAUCUUGCGAAUGUCUUCAUGGACGUUGACCACCUCACACAGGAGGGUGACUAUAGUGCUCCAGUGAAAGUCGCUAUGGAGCAUGAUGUAAUUUGGCGACCUAGUGAGGACUUCUCCGACAAGGUGAAGGGCCAAUCGAUCGGUAGCCUAGCGUCCACUAUGCUCUCCGAGGCCUUGGUUUAUGCUGGCAAGGCAUGGACCUCUAAUAAGGAUACCAACGAUGGUCGGGGCAUCGGAGUUAUUGGCCCGGUGUACGGCCCUGGUGGACGUUGGUCGGGCUAA